GGUGCAGAACAAAGGCAGUGGGUUUGGUGCUGCUUUCCCAGCAUGGAAAGCAAAUGUUCCCUUCCAACAGGCAGCUCCUGCGCGCAGUGUCCGCAAAGCACAAGGCCUGUCCUGCAGCAGAUACGCAGAGCAGCUGUUCCAUCUCCUGCCCCAGUCUGAAGGAUUUGGUGGAAAAAUUUGUCCUUAAACACAGCCCUGAGAUGGGGAUUCAUGGGUGGCACUGCGUUAAUGGAUUGAGUCACCCCGCUGUCACCUCCCACAAAAAAAAACCACAGCCCGUUUGCAUUGUGAGAUAGCCAAGUUUGCCUCCAUUGGAUGGGUGAUGGAGCCCUGAGCUGGGGGCUGGCCCUGUGCUUGAGCAUCUGAAUGGGAAGUUGGGGUUGGACCCAAAUGCCAGAGAGAGACCAACCUGUGUGCGUUUGCCUGCAGGGAUGGACCUGUCGGCCAACCAGGACGAGGAGGGUGACCAGGAGACCUACCAGCUGGAGAUCAACAAGGACACCAAGAAAUGCGCCUUCCGCACCUACACGGGCAAGUACUGGACCCUCACCUCCAACGGGGGCAUCCAGUCCACCGCCUCCACGAAGAACGCCAGCUGCUACUUCGACAUCGAGUGGUGUGACAAGCGCAUCACCCUGCGGGCUGCCAACGGCAAAUACGUGACAGCAAAGAAGAACGGGCAGCUGGCAGCCUCCAUGGAGACAGCAGGUGAGACGGAGCACUUUGUGAUGAAGCUGAUCAACAGACCCAUCAUCGUGCUGCGCGGCGAGCAUGGCUUCAUUGGCUGCCGGAAGGUGACCGGCACCCUGGACUCCAACCGCUCCUCCUAUGAUGUCUUCCAGUUGGAGUUCAACGACGGAGCCUACAACAUCAAGGAUACCACUGGGAAGUACUGGAUGGUGGGCAGCGAGUCGUCCGUCACCAGCAGCAGCGAUACGCCCGUGGACUUCUUUUUUGAGUUCUGCGACUAUAACAAAGUGGCCAUCAAAAUCAAUGGCAAAUACCUGAAGGGUGACCACGCCGGGGUCCUCAAGGCAUCUGCCGACACCAUCGACGCCUCCACCCUCUGGGAAUAUUGAUGCACUUUAGCGAGCCUCCCAUUGCCAACCUCUCUUUCCCCUGUCCGUGUUUGGUUUUGUUUUUCUUUUGUUUCUUGUUUUUUUUUUUUGGUUUAAUUUCUCCUCUCUGUACAAGGAUUUCCAGCCUGGCUUGCCCUCCCCUUAGAGCCCAGUGCGUGGUGUUGGAGGUGGUCUCCCUUCAUCUCAUUAGAAACUGGAUCAGUCGCCCAGCGGUGCGGUGCAGCCUAUCAUUCCAAAGGGGUUUUUUUCCCCCCUAUCUCUGCUCGGGGGCUGCCGUGCUCACCCUGACCCCGAGCAUCACCUCAGCCCUUCUAUUUUCCCUUCCCCCCCAAAAGAAACAAAAAAAGAAGGAAUAGGGUCGCCUCUGAGCUCCCCUCUGCCAUACCCUCACUCUGUGCCCCGAGGUCCCCGUGGGGCUGUGCCCCUGUUCCUGUCCCCAGCAGCAGGUCUGUGCCCCACAUUGGUGACAGGAGGACAGGGUGGGGGCACGCAGCCCCCCUUCCUCCCCCAUUGCUGGGUGUGGGCACCAGCUGGCAGCAAACCUGCAGCCGUGGGUUUGCAGAGCGGACAAAUUCCUUCGCAAACUUUGCACAGUGAGAUUUGCUCAGUACUUUUUUUUUUUGUUGUUGUUGUUGUUUUGGGAUUUUGUUAGUUUGGUUUAUUUUUUCUUUCCUCAUUGAAUACUGGAACGGUGAUGCCAAUCACUGAGCGCCCAUUGCUGGGCUGGGGGGGCUCCUGUGGGCUCCUCCUGAGCUGCGGCCACGUGCCACCUCCUGACUGGAAACAGAAAACAAAUAAUGACCAAAACAGUAUUUUUGUGAGCCUCUAUUUAUGUAUGCUGUGGGCAGCACUGUGUUCUGCACUCGGUGCAACGAUGCUGGUGAUGCCCGGCCGUUCCUCGUGGCGUUGGGGCGCUUCAUCCUUCGGCCUCCCUGCGGACACCGCAGCGCCUUUCACCCCCCAGCCCCAACCUGAGGCUGCUGGCGGUGCCACCGCCGUGCCAUAAGCCGGGGCUCCGCAGCCUUAAAGCUCUGCCAUCCCUCCAGCAGGGCUCGGUGCUACGCUCCCACCGCCCCGUCCCCAGCACCCGCUGCCUCCCAAGGAAGAAGUGUCCUGAUGGAGCCCCAGUGGCCCCGUGCCCUGGCGCACACUGCUGCCUUCGCACCCGCCGUGUCUCCUUCGUGUCCCCCCGCCCCCUCCGGCUCUGUGUGACUUUAGGUCCUCACCUCCUGUCUCCUCUCCUCGGGUGUUGUGACCCUCCGUAAGCAUCUCACUCUGAAAUUUAAGUCUGGGGGGGUUUUGUUCGUUUCGGGGUGUUGGUUUUAGUACCUUUUUUUUUUUUUUUUUUUCCCUAAUUAUUAUUAUUAUUUUUUUUUUGUAAGUGCCAUUUGUAUAACUUAAACAACGACAGAAAUAGCUUCAAACUGGAGAAAGAUGAAUAAUAAAAAAAAAACCAAGACCUGCA